GGGGAGGAGAUAAACAAGAUGGCGGCGGCGUGUAGGGCGCGGAAGGGGGAGGCGGCCCGGGGCUCCCUCGAGUGAGGCGGGGCGCGGCGGCAGUGGCGGCGGGCGCCGGCCGGCAGCGCGGCCGCCUUGCAUGGGCUGGCCCCCCGCGUCGCCCAGCCUGCUCCACGCGCGCGGCGGCCGCGGCGGGGGACGGGCCACCCGGACCCCGGCGGCCUCAGGAACCCCGGCCCGGCGCCUGCGGCCUGCGCCGCCUCAGCCUCCCGGAGCCCCGCGCGCCCCGCGUUCCGCGGCCGACAGAGUUCCGGCGCAGACCGAGUGCGGGCUGCCGUUUGGGGCGCGGCGCCCUCCGGGCCCGCGCGGCCGCUCGGGGUCCCAGGCCGGUGUGCGGGCGCCCGGGCGGCGGCCGACUCCGACGGGGGUCGCUCCCUGCGGCCGGCGGGCCCCGGGCAGUCCCGGCGCUGGAGGGAGCCAGCGGGGUCAAACAGAGGUUCCUCGUGCGCUCCGGACACGCACCUGCCGGCGUCUCGGGCGCCCCGGCCGGCGGGGCCGGCGGGAGCCGCCCCCGAGCAGCGCGCCGGAUCCCCAGCGAAGCUCGCCUGCCCGGCUCUGGGGGCCCCGGGGCCGGCCUGCGCGGGGCCCCGGGCGCGCGCCAUGGCUCGCUAGUAAUGGACGGCGCGGAGAAGACUCGACCCGGCCGCGUCCGUGUUCGUUCGAGGGUCUAAAGUCCCUGGAGGAUGACCUAGCACUUCCCGGCCCCACCGGCCUCCCGAGGGCCCCCGUGGACGCGCCGGCCCGCCUCAAAACUGUGAGGCCGGGCGGCCGCAAAACUUGGGACGCUGCACACGCCCAGGUGUCCGGGCUUUGGACCAGGCGCGCCUUUUGAACUCACGUUCAGUACAAUCGUUUCUUUUCCAAGAAGGGUUUUCUUUUUCUUUCUUUCUUUCUUUCUUUUUUUUCUUUUUGCGAUUUUGUGACUUUUAUUUUUGGAGAAGGGAAUCUUGGGGAGGGGGGACAAAAGGAAGAACCGCUCACCAGGAAGUACACAAAGGGGAUUAGAGAUCGCCUGCGGGAGUCGGAGCCCUAGGGUCCAGGAUGGAUGUGGCGGACCCGCAGCAGCUGGGCAUGUUUACAGAGGGCGAGCUGAUGUCGGUGGGUAUGGACACGUUCAUCCAUCGCAUCGACUCCACUGAGGUCAUCUACCAGCCCCGCCGCAAGCGGGCCAAGCUCAUCGGCAAGUACCUGAUGGGGGACCUGCUGGGGGAGGGGUCGUAUGGCAAAGUGAAGGAGGUGCUGGACUCAGAAACGCUGUGCAGGAGAGCUGUCAAAAUCCUCAAGAAGAAGAAGUUGCGAAGGAUCCCCAACGGGGAGGCCAAUGUGAAGAAGGAAAUCCAACUACUGAGGAGGUUGCGGCACAAAAAUGUCAUCCAGCUGGUGGAUGUGCUGUACAAUGAGGAGAAGCAGAAGAUGUAUAUGGUGAUGGAGUACUGCGUGUGUGGCAUGCAGGAGAUGCUGGACAGUGUGCCAGAGAAGCGCUUCCCCGUGUGUCAGGCCCACGGGUACUUCUGCCAGCUGGUGGAUGGGCUGGAGUACCUGCACAGCCAGGGCAUCGUGCACAAGGACAUUAAGCCUGGCAACCUGCUGCUCACCACCGGUGGCACACUCAAGAUCUCCGACCUGGGUGUGGCUGAGGCCCUGCACCCCUUUGCUGAGGAUGACACCUGCCGAACGAGCCAGGGCUCUCCUGCGUUCCAGCCGCCCGAGAUUGCCAAUGGCCUGGACACCUUCUCUGGCUUCAAGGUGGACAUCUGGUCGGCUGGGGUCACGCUCUACAACAUCACAACAGGACUGUACCCGUUCGAGGGGGACAACAUCUACAAGUUGUUUGAGAACAUCGGGAAGGGGGACUACAGCAUCCCUGGGGACUGCGGACCCCCCCUCUCAGACCUGCUGAGAGGAAUGCUGGAAUACGAGCCGGCCAAGAGGUUUUCCAUACAGCAGAUCCGGCAGCACAGCUGGUUCCGGAAGAAGCACCCACCAGCUGAGGAGCCGGUGCCCAUCCCACCAAGCACGGACUGCAAGGACCGGUGGCGCGGCAUGACGGUGGUGCCGUACUUGGAAGAUUUGCACGGCUGUGCAGAUGACGUGGACGACGAGCUCUUCGACAUCGAGGAUGACAUUAUCUACACUCAGGACUUCACGGUGCCUGGACAGGUCCUGGAGGAGGAGGCAGGUCGGAGCGUACAGAGUCGGGGCCUGCCUAAGGCUGUAUGCGUGAAUGGCACCGAGUCAGUCCAGCUGAGUGCCAAGUCGAGAGCGGAGCGCCGGGCCAGCGCCACCUCCAACCCCACCCGCAAGGCCUGUUCGGCCAGCAGCAAGAUCCGCCGGCUGUCAGCCUGCAAGCAGCAGUGAGGGUGGCUGCCUCCAGCCUAUCUCCAGGAGCCCCAGCCAGGUCCUGCUCAGUCUUCCUGCCUACUGCUGGUCUGCUGCCCACCGUCCCAGGAAGGCCGACGCUACACCCUUCGUGCUGACCGCCCCUUCAGAAGCCAGGGGGUCCUAGAGGGCUGUGGCUGGGGGCAGCAGAGACUGGGGCCUGGCCCUCCCCUGAUGGCCGGUGGACACGACCUCCUGCUGACUGCAAUCCUAUGCUGAGCCCCCUCCCCCAGCCAGGGGAGGAGGGAGAGGGCCCGGUGUGGCCCCGAGCCAGCCUUUGCCAUGCACUUUACGUUGAGACUACUGGUUCUCACCCACCCUGACUCCUCUUUUUACUCUGCCACUCGUUAGCGCCUCCCACACCUGGUGAUGUGUUCAAGCCAACCACAGCGGCAGCAGGAUGGGCGUGACGACCAGGCCUGUCCACUGAGAUGCAUGCCUAGUGCCCAAGGGAGCCAGGCGGCUGCCUUGUUUUGUUGUUUUGGUUGGUUCCUUUUUCUUUUUUUUUCUUUUUUUUUUUUUUAAAGAAAAAAUAAAACAGGUGGAUUUGAGUUGUGGUCAUGAGGGAUGUUUGGGAAUUGUGGGUGGCAGGAUGUGUUAUCAAGUGGGUGAUCAGAGUCUGAGCCUGGGGCCCUUUGUAGAUCCUGUGGUGGAGGGGCUGGCCGGGGUCUGCAGGUCUUGCUGGUAGUGCCUGGUGGGGACAUGGCCUUUGGCCAUGUUGGAUCUCUGUGCUGUCUUGGUGACCCAGCCUCCAGAAAGCUCCAGAGCCCAUGGCUCCACAGUGCAGUGGCCUGGAGAUCCUGAUCCCUUUCCCCCCAAGGCCUCUGUGCUGUUGGAUCCCAUGAGAAAACUCAGAGCCAGCAAGAGUAUGCAGUAAAUAUAAUCAACCAGAAAACAAAACACAAACUCCAUCACUGGAUGGCACACUGACAGUGCGAAGCUUCGAAGGAAGGGACGGGGCAGGGCGACUCGGCCGCUGGCGAGGGCUGCCCCAUCUUUUGGCAAUAAAUAAAGCUUGGGAAACUUGAAA